AUGGGUACCUUUGCCAUCAACGACCGCACGGAGGAGUUCCGACAGAUUGUUGCGGCUGCCCAGCGUCGGCAGGCCGCAAAGCCAGGAAAGCAGCGACUUCUCGACACUGCUCAACAACAUGCUGCCAACAGCGAUGCCCAGCCUAGAAGGUCCGAGUUUGCGAGGGGAGCUGCAGAGAUUGGAAGGGGCAUUUCUGCGACAAUGGCCAAGCUGGAGAAGCUAGCACAGCUGGCCAAGAAGAAGACUCUUUUCGAUGACAGGCCCGUUGAGAUUAACGAGUUGACUUUCGUCAUCAAACAAGACCUGUCUUCAUUGAACGAGAAGAUCAGGAACCUGCAAGAUCUUUCCAGGCGUCUGCACCCGAAGCCCGACCAGGAAGGGGAGAACAACAAGAACAUUCUUCUGCUCCUGCAGGGUAAGCUGGGAGAUGUUGGUGCCAAUUUCAAGGACGUGCUAGAAAUCAGAACCAAGAACAUCCAGGCGUCGAGGUCGAGGACCGAGAACUUCGUUUCGUCAGUAGGCCAGCACGCGCAUGCCUCCCUACAACAGUCUGCGUCGCCGCUAUACGGCACGCCUAGCAGGGGGACGCCAGCACCGGGGCAGCAAGAUCUUAUCUCCCUGAACCCGAUGGGAGACCAGCAGAUGCAGCUGCAGAUGUUGGAGGAGGGCCAAAAUACCUAUGUCCAACAACGAGGGCAAGCGAUCGAGGCCAUUGAGUCGACCAUCAACGAGUUGGGUUCCAUUUUCGGUCAGCUCGCAGCCAUGGUCAGCGAGCAAUCUGAGAUGAUCCAAAGGAUCGAUGCCAACACAGAGGACGUGGUAGAAAACGUCGAAGGUGCGCAAAAAGAACUGCUCAAAUAUUGGAGCCGUGUUUCAAGUAAUAGAUGGCUAUUAGCCAAGAUGUUUGGCGUUCUGAUGAUUUUCUUCCUUCUCUGGGUGCUGAUUGCCGGAUAG